CGGCGUCGUCGACACAGAUCAAGCGAGUAGCGUCCCACGCGCGUGCUAGAAGCACCGCCUCCACGAACGGCGCGACGGGCCUCACACCAGCUACGACCUUGAAGCCUCCGCCCCAGGGUACGAACUUACGCACAGCCGCCCACGCAAAGACCGCGUCGAUGGAUCGAACUCGAACGGCAAGCACAUCGUCAACGACCACCACCGCUCGCGGGGCACCAGCCGCAGCACCCGCACAGGCUCAGUCACGUCUUCGACCAAACUUCUCGACCCUACAGACGCACUACUCCCCAGCCAAGUCGCGCGACCCAAAGCCCCUGACCGCAACGUACCUCGCGCCCCCAUCCCCGUCCAAACUACCGGCCAACGUCGCCGCCUCGGCAGAGACCAGCAAACUUCAGACGGAACUACUACAGUUGCAUCUCCUACAUCGCGACGCAGCCACCGUCGAGGCCCAGUGGCGCGCGAGCGCAAAGCAGAAACUCGGUGCACGAUUUGAGAAGGCGUGCAUCACAGCCGAGCAAGUAGCCGAGCAGGAGAAGGCAGGUCUCGAGAGAGCCAAUGUCCUCGCACUGCACGCGUGGGGGAGCGAGGGUGGUCUCGAGGAGAAGAUACAGGGCCUCGACACGGUCUUCAACGGUAUAUGGUCACUCAGCGAGCCAGGCGGCCGCUACGCGCGUAUGGCACGGAGAUUCGAGCGCUGGAUGGACCAGGUCAGCGAGGUGGAGCAGGCGCGGCGGGACGGCACGUAUCUGGAGCAGGGCGACCAGAGCCUCUUCAUCAGCGACCUCGAGACACCGUGGAAAGAAGACUGCGCCGGCACGUUGCGGCGGCUGGACGGCUGGAGGCACCAACUGCGUGUUCUCGGGGAGCCACCUGCUGACGAGGACGGGACGUCAAGCCUGGCCAAGAUGCUGCAGGGCGCGCGGUCCCUGGUGCAGGACAUGUUGGCCGAGGUGCAGAUGAUGGAGGAGAUGGAGGAGGAAGCGCUGGCUAGGGAAGCCGAGUGGAUCGAGAAGAUGAAUCGGAUGGACGACGAUGAUACCCCUCAAGCUGGAGCGAUCUGGCGGACUGUAUAGCACAACGAUUAAUAAUACAUCUGGCACUGAUCACCAUGUAGACGGUUGAGACA